AUGUCAUAAUGUUCCGUGAUCAAAUUCACUUAUCAUCUUAUCUUGUCAUAAUCUUUUUUCGGUGAUCAUUCGCAAUGCAAUGAAUUUUGCCGGUUUCUGUUCCUAAUAUUUGUUUGAAAAUUAAUGAAGCAAUAGAAGUAGUACUCAACUGGAAAAUGUCUAGAGAUAUUACUGUUCUCGUACCUAAUGGAAGAAGAAUGAAAGUUCAUUGUACUGCCGAUACGAGCAUAUUACAGCUUCUAGAAGAUGUAUGUGCUAAACAUGGUUACCAAGCGACUGAUUAUGAUUUAAAACAUCAUAACCACAUAUUGGACUUGACAACAACUGUGAGAUUUUGCAACUUACCUAACAAAGCGGUCCUUGAAAUGGUUGAAGCUGAGAGGAAAAGAAUUGAAUCAAAUGUUACUAUUGGAUUGAUGUUGAAUGAUGGUGAACGAAUAAUGGGUGAUUUUGCACCAAAUACAUUGCUUUAUGAUCUUAUCACAAGUUUGGCUCCAAAUGAGUUGCCAUCUCUGGAAAAUCCAACAAUUUCAUAUAUGAGGCAAGAAGUAGUAGGAAUACCUGCUUUGAAGGAAAAGACUCUGAGACAUUUAGGGUUAAUAGCGGGAAGAGCCAUUCUACGGCUGUUAGAUAAAUCUGCUGAUCCUACCCAAGCAAAUGUAUCAUCUGUAUAUCGUCGGGUAACAUCUGAGAAAGCUGAAAACAUAUCAUCCCCACCAGAUCAUGUAUCGUCCAAUAAAGAAACCCCAUGUACUCCAGGUCCUUCAGGCAUGAAAGAUAAAGAUACACAUAAACCCUUUGAUCCACUAAAACUGAUACAAAAGGAAAAGGAGCAAAAACAUCAGGGAAUAGAUUCUGAGCAAAGAGACCACACAACAGAUCCUGCUACAUGUGAUGAAGAAAGUAUUGAAACUGAUGAUGAGAAAACUAAGAAAAGAUUAAUACAUUGUGAUUUACCUACAACAAUGCCUCAUGAACCUCAGAAACAGUUACUGACCCAAGAGAACCUUGAAAGACGCCUUAGGAUUGAAGAGGAAGUUACUUUUGUGGGAUCCCAAAAAGCAAUCGCAUUUGUACAGCCCGAUGUGGCUGAAGAUGAACUGUCCGACCUCCCUGAUGACUUUUAUGAGCUAUCUCUGGAGGAAGUGAGGAAGAUGUAUCACGAGCUACAGAAGCGGCGCAUGGAGCUAGAGAACACACCGAUGCUCACUUCUGCUAAGAGAGAGGAACUUGAGCAACAGGCUUCAGUGCAGAAGUUAAACACCUAUAAAAAUGUAGUUGUUCGGAUACAGUUUCCUGACAAUAUGAUACUUCAAGGAGUGUUCACUCCAGACAACACAAUAGAAGAUGUACAGAAGUUUGUAAAAGAACAUCUGCAUAGCCAAGAUAAACCUUUUCAUAUAUUUACAACUCCUCUGAAAGAAAGCUUGGACCCUAAAAUGACAUUACUGGAAGCAAAGUUUGUGCCCUGUGUUCACAUGCACUUCAAAUGGCUGGAGGAGAGCGCACAUGCUACAUACCUCAAAGAUGAAAUUUACGCAAAGAAAACCUCAAGUGACGCAGCCAGCAUUCUAGCCUCUAAGUACCGUGCACCAAAUAGGAGAAAACUGGAGGAUGUGCAAGACAACUCCCAGAAAACAAACCCUACUUCAUCAACGUCCAAGCAAAGCAAAGUUCCUAAGUGGUUCAAGAAAUAAUAAAAAGCUUGUAUUGCGCUAAAAAAAAAUAUUCAUCAUUGUUUGUGUCCACACCAAAGCGAACAUACUCGGUUGGUGUGGAUACAUAGUAAGCCCCAACGCCCACCUACAGAGUCUAGUGGAGCCGAGAUUAAUAACAUCUUUUUAUAAAUAGCAGUCAAAAUUUGUAAAAUAAAAGCAAAACACGAAAGAUACUUGAAAGAGCAUGUGGGUCACCGCUACUAUGCUCAAGUAAAUAAAUUUUAAUAUUUUUAAAUUUUCAUGGCGACCGUUUUUAAAUUAUUCUUUGUUGUUAUAGCAGCAAUAGAUAUACACAUUCUGAGAAAAUUUCAACUCUCUACCUAUUACAGUUCACGAGACACAGCCCGCUGACAGACGCACAAACUGUGGAGGCUUAGUAAAGUUAAUAUAUUCCCUAUUGUAAACCGAGACAGAAAUGUAUAAAUAAUAAAAUAGAUUUUUGUACAAUAGGGUACAAAUAUUGGGUACGGAACCCUAAAAAAAGCUGUAUCUCGCCGUUCCACUGCACUACUUAAGGUGGACGUUGCACCUAAGGGUUGUUUUUGGUCACCCAAUGACUUGUGUCGUUACAUAAUUAACUUAGUAAGAAUUAUGUUACAUUUUGUAUGUUAAAUGAUUAUAUUUUUAGGAAUAGGGUUGUUUUAAUAAAAUAUAUAAACAUAUUAAAACA